AUGGUUCUUGAUGGGAUUGUAUCAUCACCAUUGAGGAGGCCACAUGCUUUAAAGAAACAAUGGGAGGAUUUGGGAAGCUGCUCGACUGUUGUCCAGAGGCAUCGGUUUCUUUUAACAGCAAUGAUCCUUUUGGCAUUCCUCUGCACCGUUUAUAUCUACUUUGCCGUCACAUUAGGCUCUAGGCAACUGUCUUGUUCGGGGAUGACCGGAAAAGCGAAAGCAAUGUGUCAAAUGGAACAUGUCCAAGCUAGUUUUUCCAAAGGAAAACUGAAAUUCUUGUAG